GGUGACACUGACGACUAUAUUCAUUCAGACUUGGCUUAGGGUUUAUCGAUUUACUCGAAGUUUUGGAGCUUCGCAUAGUGAACUUGGUUUAUUUCGAGCAACAACAAAAAGGUCGAUGCGUGUGAAGUCUUUUUACUAGAGAAAUCGUUAAUUUUUCGGUGGUAACCGUAUGAGUCAUCUUGAAAACGAAUCAUACUUGCUGGUCAUUUUGUUGACAACAGUGGAAUAAGAUAGACAGAUAACAAUCCUUUACCAUUUUUGACGUUUGAACUGCAUCGUGUCGUCUGUGAUUUUCCACAAAACCUGGAGUUCUCUGAUUCACACGCCGAGAAACUGGACAGGAGAAUAAGUAAUCUAACAUAAAAGUCAACAUGGAUAUUGGCUUUUCGUCAUAUCACAAUGGUGGACCCGCAAGGGAACAAGAUUUUGGCAGAUUAUCACAGACAAUUGGAACGUCAAUUUUGAAGAUAUCUCAAAAUGUAUCUUCCAUGCAAAAGAUGGUUAAUCAAUUGGGUAGCUCUACAGAUUCUCAAGAGCUACGGAAUCAAUUGCAUCAAAUACAACAUUAUACGCAACAGCUGGCAAAAGAUACUAGUGUGCAUCUUAGAGACUUGGCUAUAUUGGCUAAUAAUUCAGGAUCUACCAGUCCUGGUGAACAGAGACAGCGUAAAAUGCAAAGGGAACGUUUACAAGAUGAAUUUACAAGUGCAUUAAAUUCUUUCCAAGCAGUGCAAAGGCUUGCAGCCUCUAAAGAGAAGGAAAUGGUUAGAAAAGCAAAGGCAAGUGCAGGUAUUACUCCAUUUGGAGAGAAGAAACAAGAGACAUUAAUAGAGUUACAAGAUAGCAGAACUCAGAAGCAAAUACAGCAACAGCAGUUAAAAGAGGAACAAAACUUGCGAAUGUUGGAAGAACAAGAAGCAAGUAUAAGACAAUUGGAGAAUAAUAUUAGUGACAUCAAUCAAAUUUUCAAAGAUCUUGGUGCUUUAGUAUAUGAUCAAAGAGAAGUCAUUGAUUCCAUAGAGGCUUCUGUUGAAAGAACAGAAGUAUCUGUCCAUGAAGCUUCUUCACAUGUAAGACAAGCAACUAUGUAUAAAAAUAAACUGCGCAAGAAAAAAUGCAUACUCGUUCUUAUUGGAGCAUUCGUGCUGUCUAUAUUAAUCGGAAUCAUUGCUUGGCAAAGCUCUUAAAGUAUUUGAUGGUACAAAAUGACGGUAAAAGACGUAGCUGCACUGCAUCUUAACUGCAAGGUACCAUACUUGGUGUAUUUUCUGAAAAAUCUCCUGAUUUAAUUAAAGUCGCUUUACGAAUAUGAGGGAAGAGUAGUACUAUCAAUCAAUGGAAGUGAACGUAACGGAAAAAACUUGCAUCGCACUAUAUCUUACUAAUAACAUUCUUAUAAUUGUGAUAAUAAAUGGUGCAAGAUCUAUUUUACGAAUAAGAUGUGCAACGGCAAGUCUAAGACUGCCCAGUCCAUUUGUACGUUUCAUUACUCAAUGUGUAAUAUUAGUGCAUAAAUAUAUAUAUAAAAAGGAAAAAUAUAUAAAUAUAUACGUAUAUACGUAUAUAGGUCUAUUCAUGAUAUAGUUGUGAUUAAUAAUUUAACAUUAUUUUAUGGAUUAUAAUAUGUGAAUAUAGAGAUUCAUUUUGAACGAUGCCAGUCUGCAUUUUGAAAACUGAAUCUCGUGUGAAUUGUAUGAAUCGGUAAGGAGUGAAUGUAUCGGUAUAAUCAUCAUAUAGUAUGCAAAUUGCGAACAUACUACAGAGAUUGUUCUUAUCUAUAAACAUUAAGAUAAAAAAAAAUCAAUGCGGAUAUUAUGAAACAGCAGAGUAUAUGAAUGAAAAAUCAAUGUAAGCUAAUUGUAUUAUAUUUAAGAAUGUUGAUUUAUUUUAGCCAAAAUGUAAUAAAUCAUGUAAAAUGAAGUACAUAUAUCAAAUUUGAA